AAAAGAGACGACGAGUGACACAAACGUUACAUACCAUUUUAUUUCUCUUUUCACCUUUGCUAAUAAUAAUAAUGAGCACAGAAGCAGGAUCGCGUACAGCACUUGUCCUUGGCGCCACAGGCGCAGUGGGCAAGCAAUUGUUGUUGGAUGUUUUAAAGAAUGGAAAUUACAGCAGAGUGAUUACGCUUGGUCGACGACCCGCCCCGCUCGACGACAGUAUUCCACAACAGAACUUGGAGCAAAAGACAGUCGACUUUGACAAUUUGGAAGCGUCCCGAGCAGAGUUCCGAAACGUCAAUGAUGUGUACUGCUGUUUGGGCACGACGCGUGCGGACGCAGGAAGUGCCGAGGCGUUCCGACGCAUUGAUCAAACGUAUGUGCUGAACUCUGCAAAGAUUAUUGCAGAGGAGAACAAGCCGACUACUGCUGCUGCUGCUGCUGCUGAAUCAUCAACACUGUCGCCCGUGCAUUUCCUUUAUUGUUCGUCCAAGGGCUCCAACAAAAACUCCAUGUUCCUCUACCCACAAAGCAAGGGCCAGACGGAAGAAGGCAUCAUCAAAGCCGGGUUCCAGCGCGUCUCCAUCUUCCUCCCAGGCUUUCUCGAGGUGCAAGAGCCCAGGCCACGCUCACGACUUGGUGAACAGGUGCUUGGUGCCAUCUUCACGCCCGUCAACCGGUACAUGAACCUCCACAUGGCCAUCCCCACGUCCUCGGUCGGACAAGCCAUGCACAAGGUUGCCAUGCAGCAACAAUCCAAAGCAGUGCCCGCCGAUGCUAAGGAAACCAAAGUGGAAUACUAUAGCAACAAGGACAUGGAAGACUUGACCAAGCCAUCUGAAUAAAAAAAAUAAGCUUUUUGCUCUCUACCUCCUACCUUUGGAGAGGAAAAAGAGGGAAGGAAAAGAAAGGUGGGG